CGGAUUAGUAACGCGACAGGGUGGGUGUGGAGUACCUGUUGUGUUACAGUAAAUAACUGCAAUAACAUAAUAACAGUUAGUAGUAGUAAGUUAAACUGUAUCUGUAAAUGUAAAGUCAGCAAGAUUUCUUUUGACAAAGUAAAAAAAAAUGUAAAUAUAUUUUUUCAUCUUUGUUCUUGUUAUUAUUGUUUAGGAACGCCGUACAUGAGUGUACAUAGUAAAGUAAUCACACGCAAAAGUGGAGAGGAGUGGGGCAUCUCACUAAUGAAACAUAUCUUUGCAGUGAGCAGCUAGCUCUGUUUCUUGUUUCUACCGUUGAAGGUGCAGCGUGCAGCACAGUCAGUCACGGUUGCUCUUAAAGUCCCUGUCAAACACUGUGAUUUUCUCAGUGGUGUUGCUGCCCGCCUGACAGUUAAUACACUGUGUGAAACGAUAUUAACAGCUCCCCCGUAUACUGUUACCUAAGAGAAUGUCACAUUUGACCUGCCCGCUGCGGUUCUGCUAACCCGUUAGCUAAAGUUAGCCGACGUUAGCUCAGCUGCAGCUGAUUGGCGGAGAGCCGCCCAGAAUGUUACAGUUACACUUAUGAACACAACUUCAUAAACACACGAAUAACAACACCACAUCCGGAUUCAAGUGUCGCAAGCGGCCACAGUGUUUCGGGAACUUUUAUGCGGACCAUAUCUCCGAGUCUGGACCGGGUCAACAGCGCUUCGAGUCAACAAUGUUCCUGUGCGGUACAACCCGCCUCCUCGGAAGAGGAAACACUCUGCUCCGAGAACCGUCUAAGAGGAUUUGCGUCAACAUGUCCUCGUCCUGUCCGACCGGUAAGCGGUUGCGGGUUCUGGUUGACAUGGACGGGGUUCUGGCGGACUUCGAGGGCGGGUUCUUGAAGAAGUACCGGGCGAGGUACCCGGACGAGCCCUACAUCACCCUGGAUGACAGGAGAGGCUUCUGGGUGUCAGCGCAGUACGGUCAACUGAGGAGUGACCUGUGUGAGAAAGCCAUGAGUAUCUGGGAGUCCAAAGAUUUCUUCAUAGAGCUGGAGCCUCUGCCAGGAGGCGUGGAGGCUGUCAAGGAGAUGGCCAGGAUGGAUGACACAGAUGUCUUUAUUUGCACCAGCCCGAUAAAGUAUUUCAAACACUGCCCGUAUGAGAAGUAUGCUUGGGUAGAGAGGCAUUUGGGCCAUGACUUCCUGGAGCAGGUCAUCUUGACCAGGGACAAGACAUUAAUCAGUGGAGACCUCCUCAUAGACGACAAGCCUGACAUUCUAGGUGUGGAGGCCAAACCAGUGUGGGAACACGUCCUGUUCACCGCCUGCCACAACAAGCACCAGUCCCUCAGCCCCUCGCAGAGACGCCUCCUGUCCUGGUCGGACGACUGGAAGGCCAUACUGGACAGCAAGAGACAGUGAGGACACUUCCGACAGGAGACGGCCGGCGGCAGGGCUUCCCGGUUAGUGGCCGUUGAUGACAUCAUCAUCAUCGUCAUCAAAGUUUGGAGGGAUCAUUGUCUUGCGGAGGACUUGGUAAAAUAAUCCUGAGAAGAAAAAAAAUUUGAAAUGAGAUGUUUAACACAAAGCAGGAGAAGAAGUUCACAUAUUGGACCACAAGGGGGCACUGUGAGACUGAGUUUGAAGCCGUGUUGACGGCAGUCACAACAAAACGAAUGACCACGAGGUCAGAAAGACUGAGUGGACACAUGGAGAGCAGAGUUAAGUGGCUGCCCUCUGCUCUGCUCUGGGUUUAGUUUUUAUUUUCACACUGUGGUCGUUUCUGUUCAUUUUCCUCACAAAAGAUUUAUCAGAGGAGUUGCAUUGAUGACUCACACACUUACCUUCAUCACCACAGUCUCUUAUGUCGUUACAUCUGUGCAAUAUGUAAACACAGGAGCGCGACAUUGUUUUAUCAGCUCGUUAUUUCACGCGCAGUCGUUUGGGAGUGUACCACACCACUGUUGAUUUAACAUUAAUCCAAAAUACACACAUAUACCUCUUAGGAUUUUUAAAGACUUCAUAUGGGUGCUGCUGUAUGUUUCUUCUUAAUAUUUUACACUGAUAAGAAAACAAAAAAAGUAGUUAAAGAGUUGCACAAAAUAAAUACAUAUGCAUGUUGCCAAAAAACCCUCAUUAUUGUCAAAAAUAUUCGAGGAACUGUCUCUAAGAUAAAAAAGAGAGGAUUUAUAUUUUCACUUACAUUUUAGUUUUAGUCUUUCAUACAUGUAGUCUUAACAAUUUAUUAGUUUUGGUCAAUUUUACUGUUGUCAUUGAUUCAAUACAUUAUUAAUUGUACCUAUAUGAUAUGAGUCAUUUUAAAUCUAAACUUUUACCUUUUUAUUUCACACUUUUAUUUUCUAUUUUAAGCUUGUGAACACACACACACACACACACACACACAGGCACCUGGAGCCACCUCCAUGACACGAUGCAGUGCUUAUGUAUCGACUAAAAAUAACAGUUGUUAGCCUCAGCCAUGUUUUGGUAUGAACCCACUUGAACGCUUGCUUCUCUGAGGUGUAGAAAAUAACUUAACUCUGCAUCAUUAUCAUUAUUUUCCUCCUUCACGUCGGUGUAAGUGGAAUUCAUUUUUGUCUCCUGCUGCAAAAGUGCUUUUUUGGGAACAAAGUGGUGGAUCCGGAAUUUGUGUGUAAUCAGAGAUGUACUUAGAUGUUGUUUGUGCCGAGCUUAAUGUACAAGUUUUAAUGCCGUGUGGUUUGUUUCACCUCACUUGUUUUUUCCCCUCGUUCUUGUGUAAUUUAGGUUCACACUGCAAAAAAAAAAAGCUAUCACACAAAGCUAUUGACAUUGUAGUUUAACAUGUUAUUAAAAUUUUCCCGUACGUCA